ACCUCAGUGCACCAGCCAGAUGGACGCCGAAGGGUGGGUCAAAAGCGGCCUAACUCUGGGAAGAAGGAAGAGGAGGAGGAGUAGAGGCGGGAAGGGGUGGGACCGGCGCGAGGAGGCCCGGAUGAGAGCGAGAAAAGCCCCUCCUACCCGUGUGCUCGCGGCUGACGUUCGUCGGCGUGCGGCCAAGAGGCGACGACGUGCGGCCGGCGCGCCCUGUCGUACUAAGUCCCAGCUCGCUGCCGGCUGUCCCGUCUCGACGCCGGCCCUUCGGCCAUUUUGGUUCUCUCUCCGCCCGGGCUCUUGCCGGCUUCCGGGCCUUCUGUCUCCGCCGCCUUCUGCCGCCGCCGCUUUAGGGCGGCUUCUCUGCUUGUCUGGAAGAAGCCACCGCCGGAGGGGUCCUUUCUAUGGUGGCGGGUCUCUCGCCUGCCUGAGGCAGCUCUGUCCCAGCCCAUCCUGGGCUUCCUGUUCGCCCCUUCGCCAUGGACACCGCCUCCCCAGCCGCCGCCUGCGCUCAUCCUGCCAGACUUUGGCCCUCGGACCGCCGCCGUCACCGCCGCUUUCCCCCAUGGCGCCCCUGCCGGGCCGCGGAACAUCAUCGUCGGCCUGGAGUAGUGGCCCUGCCGCUCAGCCCUGCAGAGGCUGUGUGAGCGUCGCUCAGGUCGUGUCCUGUCCCCGCCCCGCGCCCCCCAGUGAUAGCCCCGCUGAGGCCAUGGAGCCCGGAGCCCAGCGGCCCCGAGAGCAGCCUGCGUCCGCCGCAGGCUCCUGGUUCCGACUGCCCUUUUUCGUGCGUCCUCACCGGGCGCAGCCCGCUGCAUGUGCCCCGUGCCCGGCUCCCUCCGCUGGCGAGAAGAGCGCGGACCCAGGGCGCCAGGCCAGAGCCUGGCUGGCGUUGCUCUCACAGUUCCUGGCGCCGCUGCCCGGCCUGCUGCAGAAGCUGCUGCUGUGGGGUCAGCUGCUGGGGGGCAUGAUCCCGAGCCGCUGGCUGGAGCUGGCUUCAAGGAAGAGAGCCUUAAGAGACCGGGGAAAUGCCCCCGCCGCUGUCCCGGUCGCCCAGAAGGCUGCCAGCUUCGACUGUCCCCCGGACGACCCCGCUGCCGCCCCCCUGAAAUGGCUAGAGGAGGGCAUGCAUUGGCAGUGCGGCUCCCCAGAUCUGGAACUGGAACUUGAGGGCAAAGGAGGGCCUUUGGACCCCGCAACGCACUCCCUCCUCUUGCAGCAGCAGCUGUGGGGAGCUGAGCUGGUGCAAAGCAGCCUCCAGGCCCAUCUGUUCCCGGAUAAGGAACUUUGUUCUACGGCUAAUGGGGCUCUAAACAUUGAGCGCUUCAACAAUUUCAAUGUGGUCUCCUAUGUGCUGAACCCCGCCGGGCUGAACUGCCUGUCUCACGUGGAGCUCACCUGUCAAAAUAGUUUUGAGAGUUCAGAGAGAGGCGACUUCCAGACACUAACUCUAGAAAGCUGCUUUUUGGCUGCUGACCAGAGUCACCAGCCCCAGCCACUGAAUGCAGAGAGUCCUGGAUCCACCUGGCAGGGCUUUCCACACAAAUCACCCCUCUCUAAGGAGGGGCUGCCAGAAAUCCACCAUCUUCGAAUGAAACGCCUGGAAUUCUUGCAGCAGGCCAGCAAGGGCCAAGCAUUGCCCACUCCUGAUCAGGAUCACGGCUAUCACAGCCUGGAGGAGGAGCACAACCUGCUUCGCAUUGACCUGAGCCAAGCUUUGAAAUCUGGAAGUUGUAGAGAGAGUUCUGUACAGUGUGUUCCGGGCUCAGAGGCCCUUGUAGGGGGCACAGAGGAUCCAACUGCUGAGGGAAAGAUUGGGUUGUUGGUUACAGAGAUCCCCUCUCUUUUGGCAAAACGGGACUCUACAGAAAACAGGCCAACUUGUAAUCCGUCUUUAGAGAGAGACACCUUGGGUAUACAGCAGAAUGUGGUUGACAGCUCAGAUAUAGAAGAUGACCUUCCUGUUUCUGCAAGACCAGCAUGUAGUAACAAAUUGAUUGAUUAUAUUUUGGGAGGUGCAUCUAGUGACCAGGAGACAAGUACUGAGUCUGAGGGUGAGGAUUGGGACGAAGAGGUUGAGGAUGAUGGUUUUGAUAGUGAUGGUUCUCUUUCAGAAUCAGACUCUGGUAAAGGGCAUUCCGAAGGCCUUCACCUUUGGAACUCUUUCUACAGUAUAGAUCCUUACAACCCUCAAAACUUUACCGCGACAAUUCAAACUGCUGCUAGAACUAUUAGUGGAGACCAUUACGAUUCUGAGGAUGACUCUCCUGAAAAGUCUGAAGGAGAGGAUUCUUCUUGGACUGAAAGCCCACCUUGUUCUCCUGACCAUAGCUCUGGAGAAGAGGAUGAUUGGGAAUCUAGUGCAGAUGAAGCAGAGAACUUAAAACUCUGGAACUCUUUCAGUAACUCUGAUGACCCCUACAACCCUUUUAAUUUUAAAGCACCUUUUCAGACAGCAGGGAAAAAAGGGAAAGAUGAAUGUGACUCAAAUAUGCGAACUGAGACCACAGCCAUCUCUCGGGGUCAUGCCUUACUUAGUUGUAAGGUACAGCUGUUAGGAAGUCCAGAGACCGGAAUCACAGACAUUGUCCAGUAUGGGAUUCUUUCUGGAGAAAAACACACAUCUACCAGAAGAAAAAAGGUAACCUUUCUUGAAGAAGUUACUGAGUAUUACAUAAGUAGUGAUGAAGAUCGAAAAGGACCCUGGGAAGAAUUAGCAAGGGAUGGAUGUCGGUUCCAGAAACGAAUUCAAGAAACAGAAGAUGCUAUUGGAUACUGCUUGACAUUUGAGCACAGACAGAAAAUUUUUAACAAACUCCAGGAAACAUACUACAAAAGAUUUAAUGUUUUCUAGUGAUUAUGAUUGGAAGAUGAUAGUCCUCUUGCCCCACUAAUACACACUACCUCUUAACAUAAGAAGAGGUAUCUUCCUUUUAAAAGUAGAAGUUGGCAGCUGCUCUUUAGUUUCUGAAAGAAUGAAAUUUGGAUGCAGUGCCCCCAACUUAAUGUUACCUGUGUGCAACAAAAACCUCUUUUGAAGUGUGUGUCUGGUUUUGUUGAAAUAAGAACUGUUAAUGAAGGAUAAAUGUGUGGGGUGUGUGACUUUUAAAAAUCCUUACUUUCUUGAAGAAAUUAAUCCUAUUAUGUAAGUUGAAUGUGUUUUGAAAAUUUUUUCUUUUUUUUGCAUUUUGGGAAGAAGAUGGGACCUAUUAAGUUGUAAUUUUGCACUUUUUAAACUUUGAAGGGAAACAAUAUUUAUAGGGUUCAAAGCCCAUUUUCAGUUCUAAUUUAAAGUAUAUGUGCCUGUUUAAAGUCUUUGUGCUCUUUAUACUUUUUCACUCCAUCAAAAAGAAAAUAGGCUCUUGCAUUUUCUGUUAUAGUUUUUCCCACCUACUUAAAUAUUGCCCUCUUGCCUUAAGGCUAAGAAAUCAGUCUUGCUUAUACUACUGCUAAAUUAAAAAAAAAAAUCUCAUGAUUUUUAUUUUGUUAAAGGAGAUAAGAGUGGUAAAUUUAAAUUUUAUUUCCGACAAAACCCUGGCCUCAGUAAAACUAAUGGAUCAUAAAAAUAUCAUUAAUAUACUUUUUGGAAAGCUUUAUCUAUACCCAUGAAUUGUAACUUUUCACACAUUGGAAAAUUGGAGUCUCUUUAAGGAAGGUUCUUUACAUUUUUCAUACGUUUCAUCACUAUGAAUAUUAGAUUUUAAUUUUUUAAAGGAAAGAGUUGAUUGGCAUAAAAUUUUAACUUCCAAAAUCCCUAAAAAGCAUUAAGUAAGUACCAUUGCACAAGCUUGCUUUAUUUUUUAAACUUAAGCCUGACUGAAUUUUGCUGGGCAGAGGGUGAAAGAGUUCAUGGAGCGAUUUGGUUUGAUUGCUUAUCUUCUUAAAAGAAAAAAAACCAGUGUUAUUAAUAUCAUGCCUCAGCACUGUCACUUUGAAAACUUGUCAGGGUAAUACUGUGAAUUUGGAAACUGGCAGUUUUGAAAUUUUCCAAAAUCCCAAUGUUGAAAUAUAUAUAGACUUCAGUCACUCUCCAAGUUUGUGUCAAAGAAUUGGCGAAUAAAUUGGUAAAGCCUGAUUCCUUUUGAGAAAGGAAAGUACUGUAGACUAACAACUAGACAAUGUUAGUAAUACCUUAGUCCAAAGGUCAUCUCUGUUUCUAUGCUUGUGCAGUGAUUGAGCUUGUUUCUAUUUGUUCUACAAGUGUGUGCAUUUGUUUGGUCGUGGGAACGUUAACUGAUUAUUUAAAGGACAGUCUCAAUUUUUACUCCUUCUGUUAUAGUUAAUGGAAGACAUGGGUAGGAGAAAAGAUCUCCAUAUCAAACUUGACUACAUGUGGGAGAGAAUUCUUUAGGUUAGGAGCUAGUGGGUUAGACAUGAUCUGGAAGGUUUACUACCUCAGCUUAUCCUCUACCUGGCUACUAUUCCAUUUAUGUCUAGUUUGCGCUAAAAUCCACACCAACCACAUUACCAUAAAGAUACUUCAAAUUUUAGUAUUAAAGAAAGAUUUUUUUUCCUUUCAAAAUAGGCCUCUAUUAAAAUUUGGAAAGAAUAAACUACCCUAGGGUAAAUUUUGUGAACAGAACACAGAUGAGUGCUUUUUCUAAGGUACUGACCAUAGACUUGUAUGAUCUGCUAAAAUAAUACCUAUGAAAUAUAUGCUAUUUUAAAAUUACAUAGUAUUUCAUUACUUAGAAAAACAUGCACUAUUUGCCCUAUUUACAUUUUUUAAUACAUAGAAAUUCUCUUUGAAUUGAAAGCAUAUCUUCACAGGAUUAAUUGGUGCAAAUGAAAUCUUUGUGUAAUGUGUAAUUGUUGUGUACAAUGGAGGCUAUGGAACAUUACUUGGCUUGGACUGUAGAACGAUAUUCAUUUGGGCCCUUUUUAUGUUCAACCUUUCUACCCCUGGUUUAGAGGAGUGGGCAGGGAAAUCCACUACAAUUGUGUGUAUAAACUUUUUUUGUUAAGGAUUUCCUCCCCAAACCUGUCUUUUAAGAAAGUAUUGGGCUUGAGGGUUGUGAGGAGAGGGAACUGAGUUUGAGUUUGAAAAAAAAAAAAUCAGAGUCCUGUCAAUUUCAUUCUAGCCAUAGUGUAAACUUGGUGGUACUUUUUCUAGCUAUAAAAACUUUAAAAUUGUAAUGGUGCUUUAAGUGACAGUGUAGUAUGUGGGAGACUUUGUACAGAGAUGUGCUUGUUUCUGAGUGUUGAAAUACUAAAAGAGCGCCUCUUCAUUUUCAACUUUAAAUCAAAACUGUGUAACUAAUUAUCAGAUUUUAUUUUUAUAUAAUUUUGCAAAGUAAAAGAGGAGACUGGCAAACCUCUAGAUUUGACUUUUACAGACCCAGACUGAUGUAAAUGUUUGUUGGGGUUUUAUAACUAAAAUUAUAUUUCUGUGUAUAAACUGUUCAAAACUAAUCUGUAAAUUGUAAUAAAAAUAUU